AUGCGUUCUGUAAGAAGAGUUGUAGAGAUGCUGAAUGAAGUCGGCGGGUCAUGUCGAACCUCCAGGGUUCACUCGCUGAUUGAAAUGCUUAACAGUUUGGGUUCCUUUGAAAUGACGAAGUUUGUGAUAGAAAUUACUGAGAGGAAAACCGGUUAUUACAACAUUUUGAUUAAGUGUUGGAGAUGUGAUUUUGAAGGAGCCAAGGGAAUAUUUGAUGAGAUGAGGCAAAUGGGUAGUGAUCCAAUUGUCAACACUUACAAGUACCUACUUAGUAGUUUAUGUAGAAGUGACAAAAUAGAUGAAGCUUGUCAACUACUUGAAGAAAUGCAAGAAAGGAAUUGUCUUCCAAAUCCAUUAACCUUUGAGAUUUUCAUUUAUCACUCGUGUAGACUUGGGAAGUUCGAUCUUGCAAUCGAGUUUCUUGAUAGGAUGAUUUCAAAUGGUCUUGAUAGUAGAAAUUGUUAA